AUGCCACCCAAGCUGACGGACGACACAGCGCUUACUUUCCUGGAGCACAAUCCCAAGCGUGCAGGAACCAAGGCCCAUGAGCGAUAUCAGCGCUACAAAGCCGCCAAGACCGUGGCGGAGGCAAUCCGCCUGGGAGCACUGAGAAGUGACAUCACAAAUGACAUCAAGGCGGGCUUCUGCACCUCGCAGCCCAAUGACGCCCAGAAGCGGCCUUUGGACUCAUUGGGUCCACAGCCGAAAGUGAAGGCAGCACGCCACGAGGAAUCCUCCCAUCGCCCACCAGAACCACCAGCAGGGCAGCCGGAGCAGAUCCUUUCAAAGCCAGCAGAGCCACAGCCGGCACAGCCUGUGCCGUCAGAGCCUCCAACACGUGCUGUGCCAGCAGGGUCCAGCAGUGCAUCUGCAUCUUCAAGCGAUAACCGCCCACUUCAGCAAGUUGACUUGUCUUUUGCCGACAUGUCGGGCAAGCCGAUACGCUUCGUGAAGCGUACAAUGGGCGAAGCCAAGCGACUUCUCAGUCCUGAGGGGCUUGCUGAAGCAGAGAAAAGUGGCUACCGCUUCUGUUUAAAGGACAAGGAAAACCUUGCCCGAUGGUCCGUCCAGCUGAGGGACAUCAAUCCCGAUGGGAAGCUCGCAGCAGACCUGAAAAAACACAACUUGGAUGCCAGCAUAGACCUGGAGCUGAUACUCCCAGAUGGCUUUCCCAUGGAGCCGCCAUUUGUGCGGGUGGUGUAUCCGCAGCUCAAAGGUGGGUUUGUCUUCGAGCGCGGGGGUAUUUGCUUCGAACCACUGACACAAAAGGGCUGGGCACCCUCCAUGACACUGCCAAACUUGGCAGUUGCCAUCAAGGGAAUCCUGGACUACGGGGAUGUGCGGAUCGGUGGAGUUGGCGACAGGGCCACUAGAACUGUCGCCCACUACACGGAGGAGGGCGCGCGCAAGGAUCACACUGCCAUCUCAGCUGCCCAUCGUGGGGGGGACAGCAACACGUAUGGCAAGCACUACACCAGCUGA